AUGUCACCGUCGGCCGUUCGCAUUGGCAGUGAUGCUGUCGAGAUCGUCGAUAUCCACCAGAGCGACAUGGACUUCUCUCUCGUGGACGAGAUUUACAAGCAAAUCGAUCCUCCCGCGGGGACGCCGCGCUCGUUUCCCACUCUGCUACUGUACGACGCCAAGGGACUCAAGCUGUUCGAGCAGAUCACGUACCUGGACGAGUACUACCUGACCAACACGGAGAUCGAGGUGUUAACCGCCAACGCGAAGCGGAUCGUUGAACGGAUUCCGGAGAAUGCCCAGGUGGUGGAGCUUGGUAGUGGAAAUCUGCGCAAGAUCGAGAUCUUGCUCCGGGAGUGCGAGCGUACGAAGAAGUCGGUGGACUACUACGCGUUGGACCUCUCUCUGGAUGAACUGAAGCGGACGUUUUCCAAGAUCAAUCCCGAGGGAUUCGCAUAUGUGGGACUGCAUGGUCUUCAUGGCACGUACGACGAUGGCCUCGUCUGGCUGAAGAACGCCGAGAAUCGAACGAGACCGACCGUGGUCUUGUCCAUUGGAUCCUCCAUCGGCAAUUUCAGCCGCUCCAGUGCCCCAGAGUUUCUCGCCGGCUUUGCGAAAUCGUUGAGUCCCUCGGACUUGAUGAUCAUCGGAUUGGACGCAUGCCAGGACCCGGACCGGGUAUUCAAGGCGUACAAUGACUCCGAGGGUAUUACUCAUGCAUUUUAUGAGAACGGACUGGUCCAUGCGAACCGCGUUCUCGGGUUUGACGCGUUCAAGGCCGACGAGUGGGAGAUUGUCACUGCGUACGACGUGCCUGGCGGGCGACACCACGCAUACUACUCGCCCAAGGUGGACGUAGUGAUCAAUGGCCGGGCCAUUAGUAAAGGCGAGAAGCUGCACUUCGAAGAGUCCGUCAAGUAUAAUCGCCAGGAACGGGAUGUUUUGUGGCGCGAGGCGGCGCUGAUUGCUCAGGCCGAGUUUGGCAAUGACGCUGACACUUAUCAUCUCCAUCUCCUGUCGCCCUCCGCCCGUCCGCUUCCCACCGACCCGGCCCAAUAUGCCGCCCACCCCGUCCCGCAGGUCGAGGACUUCCAGACUCUCUGGACCACCUGGGAUAUCGUCACCAAGACCAUGAUCCCUCGUGAGGAGCUCUGGUCCAAGCCCAUCAAGCUCCGCAACGAGCUCAUUUUCUAUCUGGGCCAUCUUCCAACCUUUUGUGAUAUUCAUCUCUCGCGAGCGUUGGGAGACAAGCCUACGGAACCCAGCUCGUACCGCCAGAUUUUUGAACGUGGCAUUGACCCCGACGUGAAUGACCCCGAGCAAUGUCAUUCCCACAGCGAGGCGCCGGACGAGUGGCCGCCGCUACACGAGAUCUUAGAUUACCAAGAGCGCGUCCGCAUCCGCGUCCGGGCACUGAUUAAUAAUGGGCCCAUCACAAACCGGAGUCUUGCCGAAGCGCUCUGGAUUAGUCUCGAGCAUGAUGCGAUGCACCUGGAGACCUUCCUAUACAUGCUGCUCCAGAGCGACAAAGUGCUGCCUCCUGUCGGCCUGGAACGGCCAGACUUCGCGCACCUAGCCCAGCAAGCAAAGACCAACGCAAAACCCAAUGAGUGGUUCACUAUUCCUGAGCAGCAACUGGCUAUUGGCCUGGACGACUCGAAGGAGAACGAACUGCCCCGGAGCUCUUUCGGUUGGGAUAAUGAAAAACCUCAGAGGACAGUGACGGUGCACUCUUUCGAGGCUCAAGCCCGUCCGGUCACCAACGGCGAAUACGCAAAGUACUUGCAGACUAAUCAGAUUCAAACACGGCCAGCCUCCUGGACCCAAAUUUCUCAGAAUGGCGGCCUCUUACAGAACGGCAACGGUUCAGCCACGGACGAAUUCUUGGAUAAAUAUGCCAUUCGGACCGUGUUCGGGCCCGUCCCUCUAAAGCUUGCCGAGGACUGGCCGUUGAUGGCUUCCUAUGAUGAGCUGGCUGGCUAUGCCGAAUGGACCAAGUGUCGCAUUCCUACUCUCGAUGAGGUCAAGAGUAUCUAUCAGCACUCUGCCCAGCUUAAUGGCAGAGUCUCUCAUCCCACAAGCAACGGAGUCAAUGGGUCGUCGGCAAACGGUCACAAGCCGCCAUCUCAGGGCAAUCUGCCCGUAUUCCUGGACCUCAACGGUUGCAACGUUGGUUUCCGCCACUGGCACCCGACCCCAGUCACUGCACAGGGCGACCGACUCGCCGGCCAGGGUGAACUGGGCGGCGUCUGGGAAUGGACGAGUUCGCCGUUUAUGGCGCACGAGGGAUUCAAGCCCAUGGAGAUCUACCCGGGUUAUUCCUCGGAUUUCUUUGAUGGAAAGCAUCAUGUUGUCCUUGGCGGGUCUUGGGCCACUUAUCCGCGGAUUGCAGGCCGGACGACGUUUGUCAAUUGGUAUCAGCACAACUACUUGUAUGCCUGGGCUGGCGCACGGCUGGUGCGGGAUCUGUAA